GCCCCCAGGAUUUCGGCGCGAGAGCGGCAGGAUCCACAGCGCGCACGUUCGUGUAGCAGCGGUUAAGCGUCUGGCAUCGUCCAGACCCGGCCCAGCCACCCACCGGAAACCGCAGAGCAGCGAAACCAUGGCAGAGGAGAUAGUCGUAGGCGAGGUCAUCUCCAAUGGAACUUACACGACGACGGACCCCCAGUGCGACGUCGAUAUUAGGAUGGGCGACGGCGCGGCGGCGCGCGCGCCCGUGACGGUGGGCGACGCGCUGCGGAGGACGAGCGCUGCGGUGCCUAACAAAGUAGCUUUACGAGUGAAAAGAGAAGGCGUGUGGCGGGAGUGGACCUGGAGCCAGUACGAGGGCGAAGCGGUGAGGGUGGCGCAGUCGUUGAUCGCGCUCGGUGUCAAGGAGCGCGAGGCCGUGGCCAUCAUUGGGUUCAACUCGCCGGAGUGGGUGUUUUCGUGGGCGGGAGCUGCCACUAUAGGAUGCAUGGGCACGGGCAUUUAUGCGACGAACGGGCCGGAAGGCGUCGCUUAUGUUGUUGAUCAUGCGAAGGCCAAGAUCGUCAUCGCCGAGGACGAGAAGCAACUGGCAAAGUUCCGGAAAGUCGACAAAUCGCUCCUGAAAUCCGUCAAGGCCUUUGUGGUCUACUCGCCCAACGAGCCGACGCCGGACAAAGUGCACGGCAUCCCCGCGUACACGUGGAGUGGCUUCAUGGAGCUCGGUGCUAAAACAUCACAAGAGGCGGUCGAAGUGAAGCGCGGCGCGGUGGUCCCCGGCCAGUGCUGCUCGCUCAUUUAUACGAGUGGUACUACUGGUAACCCGAAGGCGGUCAUGAUCUCGCACGAUUCUUGUACCUGGACGGCCAAGGUCGCCUUCGAGGACGUUUUUGGGUUAGGUCGAGAAGAGCACGUCGUGUCCUACCUCCCGCUGUCGCACAUCGCGGCCCAACUCAUGGACAUCAUCAGUCCCAUGGUGAAUGAAGUCACUGUUCAUUUUGCGAGACCCGACGCCCUCAAGGGCUCUCUGAAAGGCACUCUACAGGAGUGCCAGCCGACCGUCUUCUUCGGCGUGCCUAGGGUCUGGGAGAAGUUCCGCGAGGCGAUCCUGGCCAAGGCCAAGGACCUGUACUCCGGGUUGCUCGGCGGCCUCAAGAAGAACAUCGGCGCGGCGGGCAAGGCCUACAACCUGCAAAAGUAUUUGGCGGCCGAAAGAGGAGAAGCCCCGCCGGGCGGCUGCCUCUCGCCGGCAUUGGGCAGGAAAGUGAGUGGCGGCAUCAAGGCCGUGCUGGGCUUCGAGCGGUGCCACACGUUUUGUACGGGGGCCGCGCCCAUUAGCCGUGAUGUCCUGGAGUACUUUGGGAGCCUCGAUAUUAAUGUCUUGGAGUUGUUUGGCAUGUCCGAGGUCACGGGGCCCUCGAACUGUAGCGUGGCGGAUGCCUUCCGCAUCGGCAAGUGCGGCCGCCAGUUACCCGGGACGGAGACCGCGAUUGCCGAAGAAGACGGCGAGGUCAUCUUUCGGGGGCGCCACGUCAUGAUGGGCUACAUGUACAACGAGAAGGCCACGAAGGAGACCAUUGAUGAAGAGGGGUGGCUCCACUCCGGGGACAUCGGCACCAAUGAAGAGGGUUACCUUAAGAUUACGGGUCGGAAGAAGGAGAUCCUCAUCACCGCCGCUGGAGAAAAUGUGGCUCCUGUUUUGUUGGAGGAUGAGAUCAAGAAACAACUGCCUUGUGUGAGCAACGCGAUGGUCAUCGGCGACCGCAAAAAGUACUUGACAGUAUUUUUAUGUCUCAAGACGAAGAUGAACGAGGAGGACGGGACACCUUUACCAGGUUUAGUUUCUGAUUCGGAGUUAUUUGGGUGUUCUACAGUGCAGGACGCGAAGACCUCACCGGAGUACAAAAAACAUUUAGAUGAAGGCUUGACGAGGGCGAACAAGAACGCCAUUAGUCGGGCGCAGAACGUCCAGAAGUGGGCGAUAUUACCCAGAGACUUCACGCAGGAAGGUGGGGAGUUAACCCCGACGAUGAAGCUGCGGCGCAAGGUCGUGCUGGAGAUGUACCCCGACGUCGUGGCCCAGCUCUACAACUAGAGUACUAUCGGCCGCGGCAGCGACGGCGCCUGGCGCGGCGGCGGUGAACACCAGUAUGCAGAGAAGCCGCACAAUUCCCCUUCCCCCCUAGAGCCCUCCCGUUUUUUAAGACACCGGGUCACG